UCCUGUCAAAAUCCACUUUAAGUUGGUUAUAGUAUUGAAAUUGUUUUCUUUUUAAACGUUUUUAAAAUAAUGUUGUAUUACCGUAAUAAAACUGUGUACGCUUAAAACGCCAAUAAAAUGCUUGAAUCUCGAAAUGUAGCGGAGAAAAAAUUAAACGCUGAAACCAAUAGAUUAAUUGGUGAAGUACAGCUGCUUCAAUAUGGCAAUUUUUUAGAUAAGUACAGUACCGAUUUAAAUAAUUUUAAACAGAAGCUUCCAAAUAGAUUCAACGUGCGAUUAGAGCCGAUUUUACUUGAGAGCUCUAGAACUGAAAAUGUAUCUCUAUUGCAUUUAGUACACUCAGAUAAUAAGCUUUUGAGUCGAAUUUUGGCUAGUCUGGCUGCUGUUUGUGAAGAAAUUAACACACUAGUAGAGGAAGCCAGAAGUUAUUAUCCAGUUUUUGUUUUUUAUGGAGAAGGAAAAAAUAGUACAAAAGAAGACCUACAAUCAAUUUCUUCAGUUGUUGAAGUUUUGCAAAAAGUUUGUUGCUUUAUUGAACGUUGUUAUUACGUUAUUGGUUUAUUAUUUCAACAACUUUGUGCCAUUUUGGGAAAGGAAUAUAAUACAAUUCGAUCUGGCACAUGCUUUCCUGAGUUGUUAGAUUGUUUAGCAGAGUUGUUGGUUUGUUUGUUGACUUUUGACAGUUUAUUUUCAAAUCAAACGUCACUAAAGGAUCAUUGGUUGUUAUACUGGAGAUUUAUUAAAGGAAUUUUACACAAUCCAACUAAGUUUCAGCUAACUCGUGAACAAGUUAGGUCGCUUGAUAAAAAUUUAGCGAGUAUUGAUAACACACUUUUAACAGGAAAUAUAUUUAAGACUGCCCUAGAAAAAUGUCUUGAUGAAAAAGUUAUUUUUGUUAUAAAAAACAGCAGUCUUUCAAAUGAAAUUUCAGCUUAUAUUAAUCAGUUACUAAGCGAGUUAGAACGAGACGACGAAAAUAUAUUUUUUACGCAAGUUUGGUUGCAAGUGAAUUGUCUUGUUGUUUUGGAACAUUGUUUGUUUGGAUCAACUGAUAAAAAAAUAGUUAAGAGACUAAUAGAAGUGAAUAAAAAAGCGUCGGCUUGCACCCUAUGUGGAAAUGUUUUAUGGUACCCUGAAGAAUUUUUAUUAAAACAUGUACCGUCUUUAAGCAAAUUUCUUGAUAUAAAAACAUUUGAAAAUAUUAGGCUUACGAAAAUUGCAUUACGAAGUCAAAAUUUACCCAAAGAAACUCAUCUUCUAUCACUUCAGGCUUGCCAUUGGAUGAUUGAGGUGGAUAGAAUUACCCAAAGAAAUUUAACAAGUUUUGAUGUCAAACAUCUACACGAAACCUCCAAUUUGUUAAUAGACGGGAUAAAACUAAUUAAGAAAAUUAGUGAAGUGGUCAAAUGGAUAACAAAUUUGCAUGCAGAUAAAGACCGGCCUAUGGCCAAAUCCGUACUUUUGUCUCUUUGUCGUCUUGUUGAAAUUUUGAAAUGUUUUCAAUUUAUUUUUCACAAGAAAUUAUUAUCGCUUGUUUAUAUAAUUUCAUUAAUUUCGCAACAUUUGUCACAUAAAGCUUUGACAUUGUUGCGCAAUAUACGUAAGAGCUUAACUCAAGAAAAAUCAUAUAAAGAGCAACAGUUGGAUGUUUUAUCUGCUUUAAAUGUUUGCGAGCAAAAUUUAAAGGGACCUAACACAAACCAACGAAUUUUAAUAGCAAAAUUGUCUCUGUCAGCUAGUGGAUUAUCCUACGAUCAUUUAACCGAGAUAAGGUCUGUGAUAAACCGUUUAGAAUUAAUUUGUUGUGUACAUUCUAUAUUAAAUCGACUAUGUGAUUGCUCGUUUUUAUAUUGGCACCAAAUUUAUAUGUUGCCUGUGUAUUUUUCAAAACUAAUUGAAACCAAAGCUGACUUAUCUAGAUAUUAUUUAAUACUCAGUGCUUUAAGUGAUUGUGCUCUUAUUGCCGGAGAUAAAAUAUCCGGAUCGACUGACACUUGUCUUAAACAAAACCUAUUCGGACCUUUGAAUCAAAUUGUUGAAACUAAUUUACGCCUUCAAACACAUCUCCAUUUACAACUGCCUCCCUCAGAUCCAUUCAAAAACACCUUACCAUUGAAUUUCGCUAAAUUUAACCCAGCUAGAAUGGACAAGUAUUACAUAAGUAUUAAAAAAGAAACUGAACAUUAUUUGAGUACGAUGUUUUAUAAUUUAACAACGGUGGUUUUGCAUGAUUGGAAAACUUACGGCGAGAUGAGAAGGUAAAAAAUAAUUUCAUGCUGAUUUUAGGUCAUUACACGUUUUUAGACUCGCACGUCUUCAGUAUGGGUUGGAAACAGUCGAGGACAAUCUUCCAAUGCAAACACUUGAACAAGGUUUAGAUGUUUUAGAAAUAAUGAGAA